CCCGUCCCUACAGCAGAGCAGCAGCGCAUCCAUCCUGCCGUGGAGCCGGGAGCGUGGAGCCGCGAGGAGCGCAGAGAGAGAGAGAGAGAGAGAGCCAGAAGAUGGACGGAGUGGGAUCGUUCGGAGCGGGCCGGACCGGGUCUAGUGUGGACCCGAUCGUUUUCGUCAAACAACCGCAGACCAUCCUCAGAAUCCUGUCGUGGAUAUUUUCCCUGGUGGUCUUUGCCUCCAUUGUGAAUGAGGGUUAUGUGAACAUGGGCAGCGAGCGCCUCCAUUGUGUCUUCAAUAAGAAUGCAGAUGCCUGUAACUAUGGUGUGUUCGUGGGCCUGGUGGGCCUGCUGGCGUGCUCCUUCUUCGCCCUGCUCGACUACAAGUUCGCCUCCAUCAGCUCCGUCAAAGACAGGAAAAAGGCUGUAAUGCUUGAGAUCGGCUUCUCAGGUUUCUGGGCCUUCCUGUACUUUGUAAGUUUCUGUUUUCUGGCCAAUCAGUGGUCUCGGACCACGCCUGAUGAGCUGCCACUCAACCAGGGCGCCGAUGCAGCCCGGGCUGCCAUCGCCUUCUCCUUCUUCUCUAUAAUCACCUGGGCUGGUCUAACAGUUCGUGCAGUCCAGAAGUAUCUGCUCGGUACAGACAUGACCCUGUUCACCACGGAGCACAUGGACGGCGGCGCCCCCACCCAGCCGUACCCGUCCAAUUCACCAGGAGGCGGCACCACCGAGACCACAGAGACCUAUCAGAGCCCACCAUUUACUGAGAACAACGCAGCACCCACAUACCAGGUCCCCAUUUACUAGAUUCGGUAGAGUAGACCUGUUAGCAGAAGGUGUGGAGAAGGUUAUGGGUUGAGAGGAACGUGAAAGAAACCCGCUUUCUGUGAUGUUACACGUGCAGUUGUUUAUGUGUCGAUCUGGACUGAGUUUUCAGUAAAUGCUAAAACUUGGCCUCUGUUUCUUUGUCUCCUCCCCUUGUUCCCUAACCUUCCUUGACAUUCCAGCUUGGUCUUUAAUGCAACUCGCUGUAUUAUUUUAGCAUAUCCAGAGCCCUCAGAAGCUAGAGGAGAUGAGAGAAAAGGAAAAACAAGAGGUGGAAACGUAGAAGAGGAGGCCACUUUGCAGUAUUCAAACACUAUUUAGAUAAAAUCAUCAAAGAGGUGAAGGGACGAACAAGUGGGUGACUUCGCCAUAAAGCAGUAUUAGAUAAAAAUCACAUCAGGAGCUCCCACACGAACCUUCAUCUCCCUCUUUUCAUUCACUUAACACCUUAAAGAAGUGUCAAAAUCCCCUUUCAUGCCAAAACAGUGCAGGGAAUGUUUCAGUACAGUGCUGCAGUACAGUCUGAUUGUUCCUCCCUCUUUCCCUGCUGCCGUUACAAGUGAUAAUAAUAAAAAUAAUGUGUAUUGAAUCUGCAUGUUUUCCAGACUUAGAGAUCAACUAAGUGCCAUGCUGUACUGUGUGUCUCAGACGGUGACUUAAUUUAAUAGAUUUACACAUGCUGUUAAAACAAAAGAACAAAAAAAAAAAAAAAAAAGAAAAAAACGACAAUGUUUUUGUGACCAAGUGCAAUAUCUCACAUUCUUCUGUACAGUAGGUAGGUGUAAACAGUACUGUAGGUAGGCUAUAGUUACAGCAGAUUAGACCAAUUUUCAGCACUGUCUCAAAUGACAUACUAGUCUAUGAAUUGUACUAUCAAAUCUCAGGCUUAAAUUGAGGAUUGAAGAUAUAGAAAUUAUGAGACCUAAAGAGCUCCUUGUCUGCAGAUGCUUGUUACCAAUUGAAUAAAAUUAGUUUCAUUAUUAAAAGACACUUCUACAUCAUCUUUUUAAGGUCUUCCUUGAUGUUGUGGAUUUCACCUGUUAAUGCAUUUUAAUGGAAAACAAUGCAAAAUAUAUCAUCACAAUAGCCAAACCUGUGUAAUCCUUCAUGUGUAGAGGUUGAUAAACUACAGUUCACGGUGGAUUACUUUUCGAUCUAGUCUUACGUUACUCUUCUGUGCCAUGGAAUGUAUGUAGUGUGUUAUUUGAGACAGUGUCCCGCGUUGAAUGCUGUGUGUAUAAAAUGGGGGGAGAUUCUGGGUUAAGUCAGGUCUUUAUGUUUACGUUUUAGAAGCUGCCAAACUGCCCUGUGUUCUUAUUACUGUCUUAUGAUUACCACGUUACAACUAUGUUGUUCUUGUUUAUAGAAUAUUAUGUAAUCACAAAGUGUGUUUGUGUGUUGGGGGAGGGGUGGGGUGGGGGGCAACACAUGAGCUUUUAUUCAAAGAGGUUUAUUGUGGGUGGAUUCUCAGGCAGAAGACGAAUCAGUUUGCGGGGUGUUAAGGAUUGCUAGCUGGCUAAUUCAUUGAUUCGGCAAUCCUGCCAUUUUGAGGGUGUAAGGGGGUGGGUUGGGGUCAGACUGUCCAAUAUAUGUUGCCAUGGUGACAAGGCCAGGGAUGGGCUGAUAUGGGUCACCAGGGGCCAUGAUGUAGAUAGUAACCAUGCCAACCAUGUCAGUGUAUAGUGGUGUCUCUGUGUCAUGGAUCAUGUCCACUCGCCAUUAGUGAAUUUGUAAUUUUGGGUUUGUGUGUGUGUGUGUGUGUGUGUGUGUGUGUGUGUGUGUGUGUGUGUGUGUGUGUGUGUGUGUGUGUGUGUGAGAGAGAGAGAGAGUUUGUGCACAUGUGCAACAGGUUGACAUCUAUAUCAGCAAAGCAUAUAUGAGAGACGAUAUCAGUUAGGUGUGGUUGUUUGUGGAAAAAGUGCAAGUGUGUGUCGUUCUUGUUUGAAAGCAGAAAUGACAUUUUGUGGUGCUUAAACUUAUUUUCUUCAACGUGUAUUCGUCAAAGUGCAGUGGAGGUUAUCACAAAUCUAUUAGGCCAUAACAAAUCCUAAAAAUUGGAUUCCUGCAAAAAAAAAAUUAAAAAAAUCAUUGCUAGAGGUACCUUAAUUAUAAAGUAUUGCGCUAAGCUUUUUUUUUUUUUUUUUUUUUUGACUAAGAGAGCCAAAUAUAAUCUUCAUGUUAGUGACAUAAUUGACCUGUAGAGUGAACGAAUGCCUUGCCUGCUUUUCUAUCUGAGCCCAUGAAAACAGUGCCCUCUGCGGUCCAGAGAAGGCAGAGCUGCUGCAGAACAACCGGGGCUCCUAAGGUUUUCAAGUAAUCAUGAUUAUAAUGCAUGAAAAUGUUGUAUAGAAUUCAUUAUAUAUUGAAUACUGUGUAAUUCUUGAGUUGACUCUAAGAUUUUUUUUUUUUUUUUCAAUCAGUGUAAAGCUCUGAUUUUGCAAAGUGAGAUUUAUCUGCUGUGAGUGCAGUUGAAAGGGUUCCCUUCUUGUGUUACAUUUCUCACAUUCUGUCCACAGAAUUGUGCGUAUACACCUAAACGCGUCCUCAGUGGCGUUACUCCAGCUUCAUGAUCUUAACAUGAUGUUGGCUGAGGACCUGCCACACACAUGCACAUGCACUGUUGUAAAGUAGAAGCUGCAUGGUGCAAACUACAAGUCAUUUUUCUGCACUGAGGAACCUGAUUCUAAAUUGAAAUAAAGAAACCAGAUCCUCCAGCUAUAGAAAGCCUGCAGAUGUCAGUUAACAAAGAGCAGGCUCUGUGUUGCGGUCCCCAGUGUAUGUUCAUAAGAUGGGAAGGGUUAUCUGCUGUCUAGAGCGAAAGCUAAAACAAACAGUACAGCGAACAGGUGUUGGUGUAAAAGUCGUUUCUACUCUAAGUUGGAUUAUUGGCUCUCAGUGCAUGUCAGUCAGGUGAGUCUGAAAAAAAAAAAAGCCCUUACUCAAACAGAAAUAAAGCCCUUUAUACAAAUAUAGACUAUACAUUAUUGUCCCAAACUCAUUUCUGUAGUUCCUAAUAAAAACAGCUUCAAAGUAGUCUUGUAGAGAAGAGCCAAGACUAUCAGUUUAAGCUUGAUCUCUCAGCAUGAGUUUUACAUCUGUCAACAAGUGCAUAAUGUGUUUUCUUUAAAUCGAGGAAUAAUGAAAUAUCAAGUCCUUUUGUUUGAUUUUUUUGGAAUGUGUGCAACACUGGGUGGGUUGAUUUCCAAACACUUUCAGGUACUUGAGGGUAUGGUAGGAUAUUAAAGGGCUAUACUUUGUGGUUUUUCAUGUUGUGGACUCAUAAAUUGCAGUUAAUAUUCCAGAAGCACACAUUUUUAAAUUGUAAUAGUUAAGAAAAUGAAUCCAGGAUAACAUAGACAUAUGAAAUCCUAGAUAGAGAAAAACAGUAUUUACAAAAAAAAACAAAACAAAAAAAAGGUUAGGUGACAGGUUUUAAAACCAAUUUUAAGCGAUUAACCGUAUAAUGUACGCACAUGUAUGUUAGAAUAUGGAAAACCACCAGUAUAGUCUCUUGAAUCUGGAAUUACUAGGCUGCUUGUAACCGGUUAACCACUGGGGUCUUGAUGUUGGUAUUAGUUACUGCUGGGGUAUUAUUAGUUAGUUUGGGCUACUGUCAGGUCAGGUCGUAUUAUUGUUCUCAGUGCUUCAGUCUCUUCUUCAGUCAGUGUGGUAGAUAAAAAUAAUAAUACAAGCAUUCUGUGUUUCGUGCUCUGGCCCAUGUACACUACCGUGGUAUUGGUUGAUUGUAAAAUUCAGUACGUUAUUGAAGUAAAUGGAACCUGUGUGUGAUGCUGUCCAGGGUCUGGUUUGUCCUGUACUAAUGAAAAUACAAAUAUAUUAAUAAUGAUUAUUUAAUUAAUAACUAUAACACACUCUCUGUUGGACAUUUCUUUGUUUGACCACUCUUAAAGGGGCUGUCGGCACCAAAAUCAACAAUAGAUGUGAUCAUUACUUUGAGAUGAUGUAAAGGAUGAUAUGAAAAUAACACUGGUGCAAUGUUUCCAGUGUUGGUACGUUGCAUGGAAGUUACAAUUUCUCCCCUCAUCGUAUUGAAGAUAAAACUAUAAUCCCCAUCGAUUGACAAAAUUGCAUUGGUUUUGUAGCGUACUACCCCUUUAAUAUUAUAUUUUUUGUUUCUUCUUGUUCUGAAGGUGUUCAACCUCUUCAAUGUAAAAAAAAAACACUGUGUACAGAGAUGUGUGUCACUGUCUAUUACCUGAAUGUCUCUGGACUGCAGUCUGACUGUCACUCUAAUAAAAAAGAAAACAUGUUUUGGA